AUGGCGAUCGUCAUGGUCUUACACGGCGUUUCGACAUUUGAAGAGGACUCCAACAACAACAACAACAACAACAACAAAAACAACAACAACAACAACAGUGCUAAUAAUUAUCAUAUUAAUAAUUAUAAUUGUAACGACUUUAAAAAUUAUAGCAAAAUAUGCAGUAAUAAUGAUAAUAAUAAUAAUAGUAAUAAUAAUAAUAUGGCCAUCGUAAUGAUUUUAUUAUUGACAUCUUUUUCAUCUUGUAUAUGUCACUGGUGGUUGCUCGCCACGGACUUACUCGCUAUCCUUCAUCUGGCGACGAUCCUGGCGACAAAAUGGGAUAACGGGACAUCUCUAUUGGAAGAGGUGAUGUGCGUAAUAUUAAUCGUCUGCGGUUUCAACCUGCUAUCGAUUACAAACCGGUAUUUCGUCGGCCACUACCUGUCGAUUACUUUCAACUCGUCUCUCAAGUACUCGAGAAAACUUGAAAAAAUUGAAACCGAUUUUAAGAAACAGAAUAAUAAUAACAACAAUGAACCUCACAGUAUAAUAUUCGCCGAUAUUUGCGGUUUUACGGUUCUGAGUGGCCAAUGCACAGCCAUAGAACUCGUCGGAAUUCUCGGAGAACUAUUCGCCAGAUUCGACCGACUCGCUUCGACACAUCACUGUUUGAGGGUGAAAAUUCUAGGGGACUGUUAUCAGGGAGUAUGUGGGCUGCCAGCGGAAAGGGAAGACCACGCAAUCUUGGCCGUAAGAAUGGCACUGGACAUAAUCGAUACUAUGAGACUCGUCCGAAACAUUACGAAUGUCCGAGAACUGAACAUGAGAAUAGGCAUACAUACUGGACGAGUUCACUGUGGAGUUCUAGGGGUGGUCAGGUUGCAAUUCGACGUCUGGUCCAACGAUGUUAUCAUCGCUAAUAAAAUGGAAUCAUCCGGGGAGCCAGGACGAGUCCAUGUUUCCGAGAAGACUUUGGAGUGCCUGAGAGAUAUGUACGCUGUGGAGAGGGGAGAGGAUUUUAUUAUAAAUAAUAUAAAUAAUAAUGAUAACAAUAACAACAAUAACAAUAAUAAUAAUUUUAGUGAUGGUAAUGAUCGCGAUGUUCUCAGAACACUGUGCAAAGCCGCCACUACUACUACAAAAGUGUAUAUGAACUUCAAAUGCCAAAAUUUUCGAAAGAGCUUGACCAGAAACCUAUCUGAGCACCAUGCUAAAGAACAUUUAUAUUUCUGCUCCAUUAUCACCAUACUGUUCACACUGAUAAUGCAUUCUAUUAUCACCAACGGGUUGGAAGAAGAUGAUGGUGACGUCUUUAUGGCUAAUAAUAAUGAUUAUAUCAAUACUUCCGGUGUUACUAUUCAAAUUUCAACGUUUGUUUGGCCAAAGAUUACAAAUAAUGAUAAAACUCAUCAGCAGGCGGAAUAUACCAUGUACUCUCUCCAGCUCAUCAUCUCGCCGCUUGUAGUCAUGAUCAUUUUCAAUACCCUCACAUCGUCAUUAUCUCUAGUGUUAGCUACAGCCAUUCUCGCCGUUACAAUCGCAGUUUUAUUAUCACUACAUUCAUAUAAUUGUAACCAUAAUAACAACAACAAUAAUAAUAAUAAUCACGUGACGAUCACGUGGUGCAUCACGAGGUAUGUUACGUCAUCGUACGUCAUAAUAUUUGCCACGGUAAUUGUGAUGUUGGUGUUGCUAGAUGCAUUCGUAAACGGAUGCCACUACGAUUACAUGAAUGAAUCACGACAGAGAAAAGAUGAAAUGUUAAGGAAAAAAUCUUUCAACAAGAGAUUACUCUACAACAUGCUACCGAAGCGAGUGGCUCAGCACUACUUCAACAUCUUCAGAAGCGGCAACAACUUGAAAUUAACUGAGGAUCUGUAUAGCGAGGACUGCAGCAGGGCGUGUGUCCUAUUUGCAACGGUUUUCAAUUUCUUUGACACAUUUUACGUUGAAGACUUCAAAGAGGGCAUUGAAUGUCUGAGAGUUCUCAAUGAAAUCAUUUGUGAUUUUGAUGAAUUGAUUAUUGAGAGCAAAAGGUUCCAGAAGUACAUCGAGAAGAUUAAAACAACUGGCUCAACGUAUAUGGCUGUUUCCGGUUUGAAAAGAAGUGAUGACGAUGAUGAUGAUGAUGACGAUGAUGGUGAUGUUAAAAGUUCGAAAGGCUCAGAUAACAACAACAUCAACAAAAACAAUAAUAACAAUAAUAAUAAGGACGGUGACGAUGAUGAUUAUGUGUUGGUCAUGGCUGAAUUCGCGUGUUCAAUUUUGCAGAGGUUGCAAGACUUCAACAAACAUUCGUUCAAUAACUUCCAAAUGAGGAUAGCGGGGGUCAUAGGAAUGAGCCGCCCCCAGUUCGACGUCUGGGGAAAUACCGUGAAUGUGGCAAGUCGUAUGGAAAGCUGUGGAGUGGCCGGCCGUCUUCAGAUGACCAGGGAAGUGUACAACAUCCUUUCACGUCACAACUACAAUCUGACCUGCCGUGGAAACAUCGAGGUCAAGGGGAAAGGUCAAAUAAUGACCUACUUACUGGACAACCGAACGUGA